CGCCCACUCGAUCCGCUGCUCCACCAUGGCCUUGUCUCGGAAGAGUACAAAGACUGAAAUCACGACGGUCAUCAUUGAAGACACAUCGCAGCCCACACCAGCCGCAGCAUCGGCGCCGUCUUCGUCGUCCGACUAUAGCAGCGCGGAGGGCGACGCGUCUUCUGCGAGCACAGACCCGAGCAGCGCAAGCAAGCGUCAGGUGAAAAAGCAGGACAACUACAAGCGGCCCGAGACAGGCGACGUGAGCGUCCGUGAGCCGCUGCUGUGCUUACGCGGCGACCUCAAGGCCGACGCGGAGCUCAGCACGGCGGUCAAAGCAGCCACCGUGGGCGUCAUGACGGUACUGUGCGCGAGCAUGGUCAUGCUGCUCGUGUACCUGAACAGGGCGUACUUCAGCGCCACGGCACCCGCCGUCGCCUACAUCGACGGUCCCGCCAACUACACCGCCAUGGUGGUGCCGGAAAUCGAGGAGCACGGGACGCCGAGAACCUGGCCGACGCGCAAGGUCGCGGACACGGCCCAUAUGCCUUACGAUGAGGAUGACUCUGAGGUCACCUCAAAUUGGGCUCCAUAUUCGGACUUCGAGGUGGAUUCCGUGUCGCCUUUCUUCGGGGAAACGGGAGAACUGCCAGCUAGUGAAUUGUCAGCAACGGAGCCGGCGGUGAGCGCAUUAGGGCCGGUCGCCAACGUGUCGUCGAUAGAGGAGGAGGCGGCCGCAGAUGUUUCUACACUAACAGCAAUGACCACCGAAGAAGUGGCGUCCGCAUCUGUGUCGCCUUUCUUCGGGGAAACGACAGAACUGUCCGCUACUGAAUCGCCAGCAACGGAACCGGCGGUGAACCCAUUGGGGCCGGUCGCAUACGUGUCGUCGAGAAAGGAGGAGGCGGUGGCCGCAAGCGCUUCUACGCUAACGAUAAUGACGACCGAAGAAGUCGCGCCCACAUCCCCGGCUGACAACGUAACGAUUGCGGAAAACAUCGGAGGGCGCCCCCGGCGAGACGAAGCUGCCGGUGACGAAGGGCCUCCGACGACGGCAGCGUUAACCGCGAACGUCCCGCUGACGGAGCAACCAGCGGCGAACCCGGCGACCCCUGUGUAAUCCGCGCAGAGCGCGUUCCCACAAAUACAGCUAUUGAUGACAGUGCCGACGACCGAGCGACGUAUCGCUGCAGCCGCCUCUUGCUGUAAUUAAAGGGAAAGCAUUCGCUUGGUGACAAAGAGCUAAUAAGCGUGCUCGUUGCGAACCUCCGCAUGUACAAGUCAUUUUUUUUUUUUUGCGGCGCAGGUUUAUUUGCCCUACCAUCACG